GCCAGCUCUACGAGUACAUGAAGUUGCGUUCAGGUCCAGUCGGGCCAGUUUGUGGUUGGUGACCACCCGCCUGCUUUAGCUCAAGGACCCCGGUGGGUGUGGGACUGUGGGUGGCUUGUUUCAGGAGGCGGGGCGGCCCGGAGUCAAGGCGGCGAACGUUCUCCUCCUCUUCAAACUCUCUCCCUUAGUAAGCAACACGGCGAUAAACAAGUUAACCACUUUCCUCACUUCAUUUAUGUUUCCACAAAGAUACUAUUAAGGUUAUUUAAAAGGCCGAUUGAAGAAGGGGGCGGACGUACGACUGCUGGUGAAAAAGAGAGCCUGAUCCAGGGAGAGGGAUUUAUUUUCCUUCUGCAUUCCUCAUGGAGUCCUACAGAGUGACAGGCAUUCCUACUAGUGGACCACAGCGGGCAUACACCCAAACAUCUCGCCCUUCCAGGCCCCACAGCAUUGGAGGAGGUACAUACGGCCUGAGCAUCCGAGUUCAGGGUAUAGAUGGACACCCCUAUGUAGUUCUGAACAACCAGGACAAAGGUCCACAGUCCUUUAUUGACCCAAAUAGUAAUGGCUACAUUGAAACAGAAAGCUCUUUUAUUGAUAACUAUCAUGAGUAUGAUUUCCGGGGAGACAAGGAAGGUGCACCCAAGAGCCCCUUUGGUGAGUAUCGGUCUCAGAAGAUGAUGCAAUAUGCUGCCUCUCAGAAUGACUCUACAGAUUCAAAAGAAAAGAAAGCGCAAACCCUUUUAAAUUUUCAGAAGCACCCUGAGAUACUGCAGCCCUACGAUCCAGAGACUAACUCUCUGAACUUCCACAGUCUACCUUCAAAGCCCCUAUCUCUGCCUGAGAGAGACACUCGGUCCACAUCUACUGUAUCUGUACCAUCCUCCAACCGGUCUUCUAGCCUAGAUCGGAACAAAGCUACUUCCCAGUCGCACAAAAGUCAACUCCUGUCCACGAGCCCAAACGACGUGUCAUACAAAAAAAUGAAAUUGCCCCAUCAGUCUUUGGGUCCAGCCCAUAAUUCUCAGCUGCAGACCAAGUCUCAAGUCGCUCAGCCGCAGUCCAAAUCUCGUCUCAACAAUCAGAGUCAACCUCAGUCCAAGCCAACAACCGGAAGUCAUACUCAAGAGUCCUCAGCUUCCAGUCCCACGAGCGAACGGAUCAAAACCCAGAACAAGUUUCCCAAUUCAGUAAGCAGUUCCAACUCUAGCCUUGAUCGCAAAGCCGGCAAGCCAGAUGUUCUUCUGUUGAGAAGGUCUGACUCCAGUGGACCUGUUCUUCAGUCAUCUUCUCGCUCCCGCCACGCCUCCUCACCCUCCACCCCUAAGAUGUAUACGGAUGAGAACCUAGAUUCACUGUACGCGGACACCAUCAACCGCCAUGAGAAUCGCCGCUACAUCCCUUUUGUCCCCGGGUCGGGCAGAGAUAUUGAUACGGGCUCAAUUCCCGGUGUCGAUGAGCUCAUUGAGAGGUUUGACAAUAAAGAUGGAAGCCACCAUCGGCGUGGCAGAACUGGGCGAAGAAAUCGGAUCAAUCUCGAGGACAGGAAACGCUCUCACAGUGUGGAUAGCGCCUUUGGCCGGGUGGAAGGAUUCAGCUCCCUGAAUGAAUCUAGCCGCCUUCGGGGCACCUCAAUGGAGCACGUCCUGCGUCCCUCGCAGCUCCGGCUUCACAGGGCGGCGGGGAAUCAAGACCCUUGGUUCAUGGUCAAUUCAAAACCACCUUCUCGCACAACCAGCGCCCCAGGAUCUCCCCAGACUACAUUGUCUAAAGGUGCAGGCUACAUCCAGGGCUACCAAAAAAUGCAAAGCCAUUCUACAUUUGUAGCACUCAAAAGUAAAGACACAGUGGACAUUGGUUCUUCAGCAGGCAAACUGUCAACAACUCUAUCUAAGUCCACAAUUGCUGACAAAAAAUCCACCACGGACACAGAUGUACAGGCAACACCAGAUCUCCUGAAAGGUCAGCAGGAGCUUUCACAACAAACAAACGAAGAGACCGCAAAACAGAUUUUGUUCAAUUACCUAAAGGAUGGAAGCGCCGAUAAUGAUGAAACGACAAAGAGAAAGGUCAAUCUUGUCUUUGAGAAGAUUCAAACGUUGAAGUCUCGAGCCACAGCUGGCCCUCCCGAUGACAAAUCCAUGGGUCUGUCUUCACAAUCCAAAGUGCUGCAGGAGCAAAAUGCUGCAUUGGAGAAAAAAAUGGCCGAAAUGAAACAACAACUUCAGGAACUAAGAACGACAAAUAAGUCGGACGGUAUGGCAGCUUCAGGUUUGAAGGAACUGCAGCGGGAACUAGACAAGUCUUCCGAAGAAUGCAAACGCUUGAAGGAAAAAGUGGCCAAAACAGAAGGUGAACUGCAGACAACGCUUGAAGAGCUGUUCCAGGUCAAGAUGGAGAGGGAGCAAUACCAGACGGAGAUCCGGGACCUGCAGGACCAGCUGUCGGAGAUGCACGACGAGCUGGACACUGCAAAGACGUCUGCUGCUGAUGGCGAGAGGGACGCAAUCAUGGCGGAUAUCAUGCAACUGAAGGUGGAGUUGCAGCAGGUUCUCCUAGCCAAGGAGGAGCAGGAGGAUGUCCUGAGGAGGCGUGAGAGGGAGCUGACGGCUUUGAAGGGAGCCCUGAAGGAGGAAGUGGCUGCUCACGAUCAGGAGAUAGACAAGAUGAAGGACAAGUAUGAGAAGGAGAUGAGUCGACUGCAGAGUUCCUUGGCAGAGGCCAAACAGAGCAGCACGGCCGUGGUCCAAGAGAAGGUUGAAGCGGAGGCGGCCAAGGGUGUGCUGGAGGGGCAAGCGAGCCGUCUGAGCCAAGAAGCGGAGAGGCUGCGCAAGCGGGUGCAGGAGCUGGAAAACGAAGUGGCCAAACUCAACCGCAUCAUCGAUGACGCCAAACUGCAGGAGAUCAGGCUGGGAGAGCGAGUGGCACGGAUGGAGAAAGAGAAGAAGCAGCUGGAGGAGUCAUUAAGUGAAAUUAAAGAGCAAGAGGAGGAGAUGUCUCGUGCCAACAGAGCGUUGACGUUACGCCUUGAAGAUGUGCAGAGGAACUUUUCCAAACUGAGCAGUGAACACACGAACUUGGAGGAGAGGUUGCAGGAGGAGAAGGAUCAGAAGGAGCAGUUCAAGAAUAUGAAGAAUGACAUUGAAGACGAGAGGCGGCUCCUGGACCGCACAGUGGAGAAACUUCAGAAAGAGAUGAACGACAUUGUAGACGCAUCCCAGUUGUCGACACGGGAACUCCAGGAGCAGAUUGACAUUUAUAAGGAAAAGAACCGCCGGGAGCUGACGGAGCUGGAGAAGCUUCUUAAGGAACGAGGCCAGGAGCUCGAUAAGUACCUGCUGGUUGCCCAAACGCUACAGGAGGAGCUGUCAAGCCGCGAAGAGGACCUGCGCCGGAGUGAGCGGGAGCGAGACGAGGCUGUGCUCCGAGAGAAGAUAAUGGAGGAAAAGCUUCAUGAACUAGAGGCAUCGCUGCAGACGUACACCCAAACUAAGGAUGACAGGGCUCGACAGUUCAAACUCAUGGAGGACCGAAUCGCCCAGCUGGAAUUGGACUUGGACGAGGAGCGUCAGAAUGGAGACCAGCUGAUGGACCGGCUAGACCGAGGACGAGAGCAGGUGGACCAGAUGAGGAGUGAACUCAUGCAGGAGAGGGCUGGUCGGCAGGAUGCAGAGUGUGACAAGAUGGCUCUGGAGAGACAGAGCAAAGACCUAAAGAAUAAACUGGCUGAUUUGGAAGGCUCGCAGAAGUCCAGCAAGGGGGACCAAGUAGCACAGCUGGAGGAUCGCAUUCGUGAGCUAGAGGAGCGUUUGGAAGGGGAGGAGAGGGAACGAGCUAACCUGCAAUUAUCCAACCGCCGGCUGGAGAGGAAAGUGAAAGAGGUGAUGAUGCAAGUAGAGGAAGAACACCACAGCAUGCAGGAUCAAAAGGACCAAUUGAACCUACGGCUGAAGGCCUUGAAGAGGCAGAUGGACGAAGCCGAGGAGGAGAUCGACAGACUGGAGCACGGCAAGAAGAAGCUUCAGCGAGACUUGGACGAGCAACAAGAAACCAACGAGCAGCUGCAGAGUCAGCUCAAAACUCUGCGCAGUGAGAUGAGGCGUAAGAGCACCUCGGCGCCGCUGCUGAACAAUCUGGAUGACGACGAUGAUGACGACGACGUCAGCACGGACGGCGAGACGUACUUCAGCUCCACUUCCAGCUACAAGCGCUCGUCCAGCCAGGACAACCUGUUGUCAACCUUCAGCUUGUAAUUGAAAAACUAUGGUAUGUUUCACAUCACCCUUGGACCAAAUGACUGCGCUGAAAUGACACACCAACAGUAUUAUUUGAGUAGCUGUAGGGUCAUCCUAAAACAGAUUUGUAAAUACUUUGGAGUUGGUUUGUAUUUUGGCUUUCCUAGUGAAGCGUCGCUAGAAGAUCAUUGGUCAAUUUGAAUGCGCCGCACACGACUGCAUCUAUUUUUAUAACCCUAUCAAAUGUCAACAUUUUUUAUACCCAUCAUUUAAAUGGAAUGUAUUUUUUAAUGAAAAAAGAUGGGUGUUUUUUAUUUAUUGGUGUGCGUACGAACAAAUAUUCUGGCUUCGAUGAGGUUUUCAGGCGGCAGAUAAGGGACUUUGUACACUUUUUUUAAAAACAUUUUUUAAAAUUUCAUUUCAGCCUUAACACAUCUACUGAUUAUUUACUCCUAUGACAUGGUUACUGUAGUAUGCCUAUUAAUCAGUUGAAACAACAAAUUAUCAACUGACUGUUUUACUAUUAUUAUUAUUCUAUUUCUGUCCAAUUGGGUUGUUUAUUCAACAUCUGAAACGUCCUCCCAAUUUUCCUAAAGGAAUGUAAUAAAUUGACAAUCGACGUGUUGCAUCACUGUAAUUAUUUGCACUCCCUUUAAUUAACCAAUUGGUUGCAAACUUGUAUUCCUGCCACUACCUCUCUGUGUACAUGUAUGGCCUUAAUACUGUACUUUAUACUGUACCUUCUGCUGUGACUUCAAUAAACUUGCUUACGUCUUCUUGUA